UUUGAAAUGGAAGCAUCCAACCAGUCUACUGUGACAGAAUUUGUCUUGCUGGGCCUCUCUGCUCACCCAAAACUGGAGAAAACAUUCUUUGUGCUUAUCUUGUCCAUGUACCUGGUGAUCCUGCUGGGCAAUGGGGUCCUCAUCCUGGUGACCAUCCUUGACUCUCACCUGCACACACCAAUGUACUUCUUCCUGGGGAACCUCUCCUUCCUGGAUAUCUGCUACACUACCUCCUCAGUCCCUCUGGUCCUGGAUGGUUUCCUCACUCCUAGGAAAAUCAUCUCCUUCUCAGGUUGUGCUGUGCAGAUGUUUCUGUCCUUUGCCAUGGGAGCCACAGAGUGUGUGCUCCUGGGCAUGAUGGCCUUUGAUCGCUAUGUGGCCAUCUGCAAUCCCCUUCGCUACCCUGUGGUCAUGAGCAAGGCUGCCUACAUGCCCAUGGCCAUCAGCUCCUGGGUGGCUGGUGGAGCCAACUCCUUGGUGCAGAUCUCCCUUGCAGUACAAUUGCCCUUCUGUGGGGACAACGUCAUCAACCAUUUUAUCUGUGAGAUCUUGGCAGUUCUAAAGUUGGCCUGUGCUGACAUCUCCAUUAAUGUGAUCAGCAUGGGAGUGGCCAAUGUGAUCUUCCUUGGGGUGCCAGUCCUGUUCAUCUUUGUCUCCUAUGUCUUCAUCCUCACCACCAUCCUGAGGAUCCCCUCAGCUGAGGGCAGGAAAAAGGCCUUCUCCACCUGCUCUGCCCACCUCACAGUCGUGGUCAUCUUCUAUGGGACCAUCCUCUUCAUGUACGGGAAGCCCAAGUCCAAGGACCCACUGGGGGCAGACAAGCAGGAUCUCACGGACAAGCUCAUCUCCCUCUUCUAUGGCCUUCUGACCCCCAUGCUGAACCCCAUCAUCUAUAGUCUAAGGAACAAAGAUGUGAAGGCUGCUGUGAAGGGCCUGGUGGCUGAAAAAUGCUUUCCCCUGUGA